UUGUUGUCAGGCUAUUUGAGAGUGCUAUUUGUAUUGCUCUUCUCAACUCCAAGCUUUGCAUUUUUCUUGCUCUUCUCUUUCAUCCUUAUCUCUCUGCAACUCCACUCUUCAAUUAUUUCUCCCUCUGUUUCCUCUAGAUUUCUCUCGUUUCCUUACUUCCAACCACCAAAUCAACUCUAAUACUCACCACCCACUUGAAUUUCUUGAACGUAAUUGCAGUUAAAGACUCGACAUGGCUCUUGAAACUUGGCUUAUAAAAGUGAAAACUGCAAUAUCCCACAGCUUCGAUUCAGUCAUAACCUCUGCGCCCAUACCAAAAACUUCGACGAAGUCCACCGUCGGAGUUUUAGCUUUUGAGAUCGCCGGUCUUAUGUCCAAGCUCUUCCAUUUAUGGCAAUCCCUCUCCGAUGAGAACAUAAUUCGCUUGCGAAAUGAAUCCAUCUCCAUCGAAGGAGUUCAAAAGAUUGUCUCCAACCAUGAGUCUUUCCUUCUCGGCCUCGCGUGCGCAGAAAUGGUUGAGAAUCUAAGGCUUGUUGCUAAAGCGGUCUCUAGAUUGAGCAAAAGAUGUGAAGAUUCCAAUUUGUGCCGUUUUGAACGUCUCUUCGAUGAGUUUGCCAACUAUGGCCGCGAUCCUAAUUGCUGGGUCUUCAGUUGCAAAGAAAUGGAAGUUAAGAACAAGAAGAUGGACAGGUACGUGACCAUCACAGCCACGCUAUACAAAGAAAUGGAGGAGCUAUCCAUACUGGAGAAUGGAUUAAGGAAGGUCUUGCAGUGUAGUGAACAUGAGUCAACAAUGAAAGAGCAGAAGAUUGUGGAUCUUCAGCAGAAGAUUUUCUGGCAGAGACAAGAGGUCAAGUAUCUGAAAGAGAGGUCCCUCUGGAAGCGAAGCUUCGAUGGUGUUCUCUCGAUGCUUGUGAGGUCUAUUUUCACUGUUUUAGCAAGGAUAAAGGUAGUAUUUGGCAUAAGUCAUGGGCACCCAACUUCUCUACCGCGCAGUCUCUCAGCGUCUGCAACUGUCCACCCAACUGAAAACCCUAGUACUUGUAGCUUUGUGUCAGGGCCAUUAAAGAGCCCAAACCUUGAAGGAAAUAAAUAUUUGGCUAAUGGGUUCUUCGAGUCAAAUUCCAAGCUCCUAAAGCCACCGGAAACCACACUUGGUGCGGCAGCUUUAGCUCUACACUACGCGAAUCUGAUUAUAGUCAUGGAGAAGAUGAUCAAGUCACCGCAACUAGUUGGUGUGAAUGCAAGAGAUGAUCUCUAUUCCAUGCUACCAAACAGUAUCAGGUCUUCGCUAAGGGCUAGAUUGAAAGGUGUGGGAUUCUCGGCUAGCGAUCCAGUUCUCGCCGGAGAAUGGCGAGACGCUUUGGGGAGGAUACUAGGAUGGUUAUCACCUUUAGCACAUAAUAUGAUCAGAUGGCAAAGUGAAAGGAGCUUUGAGCAGCAAAAUUUGUUGCCAAAAACCAAUGUUCUUCUCUUGCAAACGCUGUUCUUUGCUAACAAAGAGAAGACAGAAGCUGCCAUUACAGAACUUUUGGUGGGUUUGAAUUAUAUAUGGAGGUUCGAAAGGGAGAUGACUGCUAAUGCCUUACUUGAAUGCGCCAACUUCAACGGACUCUUGAAUUCACAGAGUUCCAGCUAGGAAUAAUGUUUUCUUUUCUUCUUCUUCUUCUUCUUUUUUUUUUUUUUCUAAAUUUUUGUUU